AUGGCGGCCAACAACAUGCUCAACCCGGCCGCGAACCUCGACGCCGAGGAUGCCCAGUUCGCCAAGGAGGUCAAGCAGGUCAAGGCCUGGUGGAGCGACGCCCGUUGGAGACACACCAAGCGGCCCUUCACCGCCGAGCAGAUCGUCUCCAAGCGUGGCUCGCUCAAGAUCGACUACCCGAGCAACGCCCAGGCCAAGAAGCUGUGGAGCAUUCUCGAGUCCAGGUUCCAGAACAAGGAUGCCAGCUACACCUACGGCUGCCUGGAGCCCACCAUGGUCACCCAGAUGGCCAAGUACCUCGACACCGUCUACGUCUCGGGCUGGCAGUCGUCGUCGACAGCCUCUGCCUCCGACGAGCCGGGGCCUGAUCUGGCCGACUACCCCUACACGACAGUUCCCAACAAGGUCGGCCACCUCUUCAUGGCCCAGCUCUUCCACGACCGCAAGCAGCGUCAGGAGCGCCUCAGCACCCCCAAGGCCCAGCGCGCCGGCGUCGCCAACAUCGACUACCUGCGUCCCAUCAUCGCCGAUGCCGACACCGGUCACGGCGGUCUGACGGCUGUCAUGAAGCUCACCAAGCUGUUCGUCGAAAAGGGCGCCGCCGGCAUCCACAUCGAGGACCAGGCCCCCGGCACCAAGAAAUGUGGCCACAUGGCUGGCAAGGUCCUCGUCCCCAUCAGCGAGCACAUCAGCCGCCUCGUCGCCAUUCGCGCCCAGGCCGACAUCAUGGGCUCCGACCUCAUCGCCAUCGCGCGCACCGACGCCGAAGCCGCCACCCUCAUCACCACCACCAUCGACCCCCGCGACCACGCCUUCAUCCUCGGCACCACCAACUCGUCCCUGCAGCCUCUAAACGACCUCAUGAUCGCCGCCGAGGCCGCCGGCAAGACGGGCUCCGAUCUGCAGCUCAUCGAAGACGAGUGGCUCGCCGCCGCCAAGCUCAUGCGCUUCGACGACGCCGUCUUCGCCGCCAUCGACGCCUCCACCUCGGUGGACAAGCAGGGCCUCAAGCAAAAGUACAAGGCCGAGGUGCACCGAAAGAGCAACCCCGAGGCCCGUGCCAUUGCCCGCGGACUCCUCGGUGGCGUCGACGUCUACUUCGAUUGGGACGCACCCCGCACCCGCGAGGGUUACUUCCGCCUCCAGGGCGGCUGCGACUGUGCCAUCAACAGAGCCAUCGCCUACGGUCCCUACUGCGACGCCGUCUGGAUGGAAAGCAAGCUGCCCGACUAUGCCCAGGCCAAGGAGUUUGCCGACGGCGUCCACGCCGUCAUUCCCCACCAAAAACUCUCCUACAACCUCUCCCCUUCGUUCAACUGGAAGACGGCCAUGCCCCGAGCGGACCAGGAGACGUACAUCCGUCGCCUCGCCGGCCUCGGGUACUGCUGGCAGUUCAUCACCCUCGCCGGCCUCCACACCACGGCCCUCAUCAGCGACCGCUUCGCCCGCGCCUACAGCCAGCAAGGCAUGCGUGCCUACGGCGAGCUCGUUCAGGAGCCCGAGAUGGAGCUCGGCGUCGACGUGGUGAAGCACCAGAAGUGGAGCGGCGCCACCUACGUCGACGAGCUGCAGAAGAUGGUCACCGGAGGCGUCAGUUCCACCGCCGCCAUGGGCAAGGGCGUCACCGAGGACCAGUUCAAGUGA